AUGGCAGACUCUAAGGAACUCGACAGCCUGGUCUCCAGACUAUCGGCACUCGACCCCCAGGCCACCAAGGAAAAUAUCGCGCAGGUCGAAUCCCUUGGACUCAAGCCAGCCCCGGUCGACGAGGCUAAAGCUGAGAAGACCACCGAACCAGAUGCUACCACCGCUGAAGCCAAUGAUGCCAAACAAAAAUCAAAAGCCUCCGAGCUGCUCGAGAACCUAUCGCAUCAAGUUGAGAUAAAACUAGCAGACCAACAAGCCGACCCGAACUCGCCUCUCUAUUCAGCCCAAUCAUUCGAAGAUCUCAAGCUUGAUCCGGCACUUUUGAAGGGUCUCUACAGAAUGGGCUUUCAAAGACCUUCCAAGAUCCAAGAACGUGCUUUGCCAUUGUUACUCCAAAAUCCUCCCAGGAAUAUGAUCGGUCAAUCCCAAUCCGGGACAGGUAAAACGGCAGCCUUUGUACUGACGAUGCUUUCGAGAGUCGACGUCUCUAAAAAAUGCCCACAAGCCAUCUGCGUCUGUCCCUCGCGAGAAUUAGCGCGUCAGAUCAUCGAUGUGGCCGAGCAAAUGGGUCAAUACGUCACCGGAUUAACUAAACGAUUGGCUAGUAAAGAUACCCUCGAACGUGGUGAAAGAAUCACUGAACAUAUCAUCGUCGGAACUCCUGGGACAAUCAAGGAUGCUUUAACUUCCCAUCGAGUUUCGGGAACUCGAGAUUCGGUGAUCGACCCUAGUGGGAUUAAAGUUUUGGUAGCCGAUGAGGCUGAUGUUCUAGUUGGAACAGGUUCAUUGGGUGAACAAACUAUUGGAGUAAAGAAUGCGAUCACUCGAAGUAACACAACCGUUCAGAUCGUCUUAUUCUCUGCCACCUUCCCAGAACAUGUCCGGAAAUAUGCCUCGAAGUUUGCACCCAAUGCUAAUGAGAUCAAGCUGAAGAAAGAUGAGCUCACACUAGAAGGCAUCAAGCAAUUCUACAUGGAUUGUAACAAUGCGGAACAUAAGUACGAAGUCCUUGUGGAGUUAUACCACUUAUUAACCGUCGGCCAGUCGAUCAUUUUCGCGCAGGAGAGGCGGACGGCCGAUGAGAUUGCAAACCGAAUGAAUAAAGAUGGGCAUAAGGUCGCCGUUCUGCAUGGAGCGCAGAUGGGCGAAGGGCGGGACCAGACGAUUGACGAUUUCCGAGAAGGCCGAAGUAAAGUGCUUGUGACGACUAACGUCGUUGCCAGAGGAAUCGAUAUCUCUCAAGUCAAUUUGGUGGUCAAUUACGAUUUACCUAAAGAUCCUCAAAAAGGCGCAGAUGCAGAAACAUACUUGCAUCGGAUUGGAAGAACUGGCAGGUUCGGGCGCAAGGGAAUCUCAAUCAAUUUUAUUCAUGACCCCAGAAGCUAUCAAGACAUGAUGAAGAUCAAAGAUGAGUUACAAAUCUCAGAUGAGCAGUUAGUCAAAGUAGAUACCAAAGAUUUCGACGAUAUGGAGAAAACUCUCAAAGCAGCUUUGAAAGCUUAA